AUGGCCGCGGUCGAACAUUGCCUCGUCUGCUUCGAGGCGCUCGAUGCCGCUCUCCACAAGACCAAGGCUCUGUCUCUGGACGAGCUGCGCGCCUCCUGGGCCGUCUACAAAAGCUCGACCGCCUCGCCGGCCGUCUUUUCGCCCAAGGACCCUGCGCUGCAGCGCGUUGCCGCGACCACCAUCGCCACAGACAGCGAUUCCGCAUCCGCCUCGUCCUCGUCGACAACGUCGCUCGGCGCCUCCACGCCCGCCACCUCGGCGUCCUCCCUCACGCCCGCGACCGUGACAUCGGCGCCCCUCUUUGUCACCUGGAACACCAUCGACGACCCCGACGACGAAGAGGACGAGGUGUCGCUGCGCGGCUGCAUCGGCACCUUUGAGAGCCAGCCGCUCGCCGAGGGCCUGGCCGAGUACGCGCUCAUCUCGGCGCUGCAGGACACGCGCUUCGCGCCCAUCUCCCGCCGCGAGCUGCCCUCGCUGCAGGUGGCCGUGACGCUGCUGACGGAUUUCGAGGAGGCGGCCGACGCGCACGACUGGGACGUCGGCGUGCACGGCAUCCGCAUCUCGUUCCACGACAAGGGCCGCCGCUACGGCGCCACGUACCUGCCCGACAUCGCGUCGGAGCAGGGCUGGACCAAGGACGAGACGCUCUUCAGCCUGGUGCGCAAGGCCGGGUGGACGGGCAGCCGCGCGCGCUGGGGCGAGCUGGCGCUCAAGGUGACGAGGUACCAGGGCAAGAAGCGGUCGAUGAACUACGGCGAGUACAAGAAGUGGAAGGACUGGGCGGCCAGACAGGCAUAG